AGCCGGCUGCUCCCGCUGCGGGUGGCUGGGGCUGUUGCUGUGGUUGCGAGUUGCUGCUGCUGCGGCGGCGGCGGCAGCGUUAGUGCUGGUGGCGGUGUCGGCCCGAGGCCGAGCGGCUGUUGACAUUGUGUUGUUGUUAUUGCUGACGGGGAUGGCUGAGGCGGCGCCUGGGAUCCCGUCUCUUCUGUAGCCGGAGCCGGGAGACAGUCUCGAGCCAACUCAGCGGCCUCUGAGCCGGUGGCAGCAACUCCCCUCCACCCCUGCCGCCUCGCCAGCCGGGACCCCCGCCCCGGCUUCCCGGAGUCAGGCCCCUUCGGGGAGGGGGGCGUCGGAGGCUCAGGAUGGCGGAUUUCGACGAGAUCUACGAAGAGGAGGAGGACGAGGAGCGGGCCCUGGAGGAGCAGCUGCUCAAGUACUCGCCGGACCCGGUGGUGGUCCGCGGCUCCGGUCACGUCACCGUAUUUGGACUAAGCAACAAAUUUGAAUCUGAAUUCCCUUCUUCGUUAACUGGAAAAGUAGCUCCUGAAGAAUUUAAAGCCAGUAUCAACAGAGUUAACAGCUGUCUGAAGAAGAACCUGCCUGUUAACGUGCGUUGGCUGCUUUGUGGUUGCCUCUGUUGCUGCUGCACAUUAGGUUGCAGUAUGUGGCCAGUUAUUUGCCUCAGUAAAAGAACACGAAGAUCGAUUGAGAAGUUAUUAGAAUGGGAAAACAAUAGGUUAUACCACAAGCUGUGCUUGCACUGGAGACUGAGCAAAAGGAAAUGUGAAACGAAUAACAUGAUGGAAUAUGUCAUCCUCAUAGAAUUUUUACCAAAGACACCAAUUUUUCGACCAGAUUAGUAUUUCCUUUAUUUAGAGACUUUCCAAGUAUGUUGUCUUUCCAAUGGUGCCUUGCUUGGUGCUCUCCUGGUGGUGACAUAACAUUGGUUCUACAGAAUCGUGUGGUGUUUCUUUUUUGAUUUUUUUUUUUUUUAACCGCAUGUUCUAAGUGUGCAUUUUUGUCAAACUUUGCAACUGUUAUUUCAUACAGAUGUUUAAUACUUAAGUUAUUGUGCUCUUUUCUGUUAUGUAUUCUGAUUUUCAAGGAUUACUUUUUUGUAUUAUCAAAAAAAAAAAAUACAUUUGAACUUAGC